GGCUGCUGGGCUCUCGAGCGGGCAGAGCUCGAGCCGGAGGCGGGAGCGGAAGCUUUCCGGGGCAGGUGAGCGCGAGCGCGAGUCCGUCGCCGCCGCCGCCGCACACCGUACACCGAGAGACUCUGGUGGUGGGGGCUCGAGCCGGGAUGAGGCGGAGGAUCGGCAGCGAGAGGCGAAGCCCUCCCCUCCCUCCCUCGGUGUCACGACGCCUACCGUAAGUGAACUCCUGUUAAUAGUCAUUAACAGAAGGUUCUUGCCACUCCCUCCUUCCACGUCGACAGUUGUUCAGCGUAACCUGUUCUUCAUGAGCUAAUAGAUUUCUACUUAUGGUACAGCCUCAUGCCUGUGCAACUCUAUGGCCUUCCGAAUGGAAAUGAUUCUAUGAGCUCUCUUCGAAUAUCCAUCGGUGGCCUUCCUGUUAUAGCUUCCAUGACAAAAACAAGGGAUUCUCGUUUUCGGCCAAGAUGGAAGACCAUCGCAGUGGUUUUUAUUAUCGUUUUUGUAUUCUUUGUUGUUUAUUUUCACAAGGCUUCUCCAAACAACUCUUCUGUGCGUUUGCACAACUGGCAAACUAAUCAUUCCCCAAGAGGCAGAUACAAUGACACAUACCCGCUUUCGCCCGCACAGAAAACCCUGGAAGGGGUCAGAUACCGAAUUGGACUAAUUGCAGAUUUGGACACAAAAUCAAAGAAGGAACAGAAAGUUAAUACUUGGUUCAGUUACUUGAAGAAAGGCUAUUUGAUUUUAUCAGAGAGUGGAGACAAGGUGACUUUAGAAUGGGACAAAAACAAGUCCGUUCUUCAAACUCAUCUGUCGGAAAAAGGACGUGGCAUGGAAUUGUCUGAGCUCAUAGUUUUUAAUGGGAAGCUUUACACUGUGGAUGAUAGGACAGGAGUUGUAUUUCACAUUGAUGGAGAUAAAGCAAUCCCAUGGGUAAUUCUGACAGACGGAGAUGGAAGUGUUGAAAAAGGCUUCAAAGCUGAGUGGAUGGCAGUAAAAGAUGAGCACCUUUAUGUGGGUGGACUUGGAAAAGAAUGGACAACUACCACAGGAGAGGUAGUGAAUGAAAAUCCAGAGUGGGUGAAAGUCAUUGGUUAUAAAGGUGAUGUUCAUCAUGAAAACUGGGUGUCUCACUACAAUGCUCUCCGUGAAGCUGCUGGAAUCAAAUCUCCAGGAUACUUCAUUCAUGAAUCAGCAGGCUGGAGUGAUCGACUGCAACGCUGGUUCUUUCUGCCACGAAGAGCAAGCAGUGAGCAUUACAAUGAGAAGGAUGACGAACGUAGAGGAACAAACCUCAUCAUCAAAUGCACCCAAGAUUUUAAGGAGAUAUCAGUGAGCAAGAUUGGAGAGAUUAACCCUGUUCAUGGAUUUUCUUCUUUUAAAUUUAUUCCUGAUACAGAUGAUCAGAUCAUUGUAUCAUUGAAAUCUGAAGAAGAUAACGGGAAUAUAGCUACUUAUAUUAUGGUUUUCACUUUAGAUGGACGCUUUCUUUUAGAGGAAACCAAAGUUGGGAAUGUAAAGUAUGAAGGCAUAGAAUUUAUAUAAAAAUACAGAUAACUGGAAUUAGUGCUGCUGUUCCAAGGAUACUGAAAUUGGUAACAGAAGUUUAUAUGACAGAUAUGGCCUACUUCCAAGCCUUUAUUGGUUGUUGAACUGAAGUAGUAUAAUGUUACUUUGUGGUGUCCUUCACUUUUACAUGAAACCCAAUACCGUAUUUCCAAAAUUAAUAGUCUUCCUCCUACCCCUUCAACUUCAACGCACCUUUCAAUUUUGGUGAAAUUAAGAAUAAUGUAUCGGAGUUUUGCCUUGGUGUAGCAUCUUGUGAUCACCUCAACAAAUGUGAAAGAUUUGCACAUCGUUUUUCAUUGAUGCUCGAAAUGCAAAUCAAAGUUCUUACAACUGAUGUUUGUUCAUUUUGACAAAGCUGUCUUUUUAAAAAAAACUUCACAUUCAGGAUAUCAAAAUUAUCUUUUAUAGCUUUAAACAUUUUUCUCAGUCAUUUGGGUGUAGUAGUAAAUUUAGUCAGAAGGCAACAUUUGUUGGUCGGUUUCAGUGACUUACCACUUGAAAUAUCAAUGGCACAAUUCACCUUCAGAUAGCUAGGAUUCCUCAAACGUGUGUACGUACUGUUUAUAUUUGGUAUAUUGAUAUGGGAUUUUUUUCCUGUAGGAUUUAAGGAUAGCAUGGUUUUUGGGAGCACAGAGAUCAAACUGUUCCAUACGUCUGUUGAGUAGAAGAGAUUUAAUGCAUACCACAUACAAUAGAUUUUUUUUUAUUUCUGUUGUCCUUCAUAUUGCAUUCUUCGCUUCACACCUUAACAGGGUGUAAGGAAAGCAUGAAGUUGCCAAGUAAGCAAAUUGUAUUUUGAGCAGCUAUGACAGAUGUGGGAAAACAAAAUUUAAGAUUGACAACUGAAAUAGAGGCCCAGUAAACAGUAAUAUUUGAUAUCCCAAUUUCUUGAAUUCUAACAAUUUUAGUACAUUCUUAUCACAUACUUGUUUGGAUAGAUGUUUCGACCACUCUUUGUAUCAAAAGCACAUAUUCUGGUAACCACUGCUCCAAUUAACUCCACAGGCAAGUUCAUGUGUCUAUCACUGCAGGGCUUAAGCACCCCCUCUACAAUCCUCUGAAAAUCUCAUCAGAGAUCACCCUGAUUACUCAACAGCUAUCUAUUGUACUACCCUCUCAAUAAUUAAUCUUUCAGAUUUUCUUUGACUGUAAAAUUGACCUGUCAGGUUGCAGAUGGAAAGUAUCUGUUAAAUUGUAUCUGUUAAAAUGCGCAGUGGAACCUGUAAUAAAGGCAUGAGAUAGAAAAGAA